CGUCAGUAACGUUCGGGCAUGCGCACUCGGUGCGCUCCCCGUCCGCAUCUCUGUGUUUGUAUUGCUGGAGAACAUGGAGCUACACCGUAAAGUUUGUUACCUGUUGAGCUUGAUCUUUGUAUUCUUACCUACCAACGUCUUUUCGGCCAUACCAAACAAUGAAGUGCACAAAUUUCCGCUACUCAUGCCUCAUGUUCAACCGAAACAGAAUGAAACCUACUUAUGUACAGGCUUUCAUCUUCCAGUGAAGGAACACCAGUACAUUGUGGCCUUUGAGCCUAAUGCAACGAUGCACACUGCUCACCAUAUUCUCAUCUACGGCUGCACAAGCCCCGGCUACUCCGAACGAGACACUCCGCGGGCGAUCUGGAAUUGUGGAGAGAUGGCUGGAUCCACCGCCCACUAUGUUACGGGCCCUGUGUGUAGGAGUGGAUCUCAGAUAAUCUACGCUUGGGCGAGGGAUGCACCAGCCCUUACUCUACCCGACAAGGUGGGAUUCAAAAUAGGUGGAAGGUCUGGCAUCAAGUACCUCGUACUGCAGGUCCAUUACGCUGAUACGUCAUCAUUCCAAGAUGGAACAAAAACUGAUGCAUCAGGCAUAGUGCUGUCGCUGCUGCCAUCUAAAACUAAGAAAGUGACGAGAAGAGCCGGUGUCUACCUACUGGGUACCGGUGGAAUGAUCCCUCCAAAGGAAACUGUGCACAUGGAGACAGCUUGUCGAAUACAGGAAGACUUCACACUCUUUCCGUUUGCUUUUCGGACGCAUACUCAUAAGCUCGGGAAAGUCGUCACUGGGUAUGUCAUCAGAGAUGGACAGUGGAUUAACAUUGGGAGACGCGAUCCACUGAAGCCUCAGAUGUUCUUCCCUGCAAACAAAGGCAUCAAGAUUAAGAAAGGAGAUGUUCUGGCUGCACGGUGUACCAUGUACAACUUCAGGGAUAGAACGACUUACGUUGGCUCAACGGGUAAUGACGAGAUGUGCAAUUUCUACAUAAUGUACUACGUGGAUGGAGACAAAAUUCCGAGCGGAAACACCUGCUUUUCAUCCGGUCCCCCCUUGUACUACUGGAACGCGGAUCGAGAUGUUGCACCUGUACCAGAAGAUAUCGAGAGAGAUGCCAGUAGCCUCAUCUGAACAAAGGAUCCACAUAUUAUAUGUGCAUUUUACCAGAGAUUUUAUAGUUUCCCAUUUCAGUUCAAACAUUCCACAUAGAAACAAAAUGCUCUCUUAGUGCUCUUAAGAAUGUUUUUAAUUUAACAUACAAUCAGUGGCAAGACAUCAAUGUAGGAUGUUGGGUUAUGGAACAAUCUGAUGGAGAUCACCGUAGCAUAAAAUGCAUGUCUUGAUGUUCGUAGUGUCUUUCUGCUAAUUUUUCAUCCAGUGUUUUUAAUAAUGCUUAAUGAUUUUAAGAUACAAUCCGUGUAAGUUGACGUCUACUAGUGCUAAGCAGCAGUAGCGUCAUGCAUGACUGUGGCUGCAAGCAAUUCAAAUUGAGAUAUAAUAUUUUGUUUCCUGUCAUUCUGAGCCACUCUGUACAUAUGAAAGAUUUGCUCCAAAUAGGAUGGGGCUGCAAGAGCUUGAAUAUUUCAGAUAAUUUAACACCCGAUCGUGUUGCACACGUGCUCCGGAUGUGAUAUUUUGCAUGUAUUUUGCACAUUAUAAAAGUUCCAUAUUCCUGUCCUCUUGUAGAUGUAGCAUAUUUAUUGCAGAAACAUGUUUGAGAUUCUGACCUUGCACACCUGCGUGUUUUUCGCUUUAUUACCCAACCUCUGACAGUCUAUCGAAUAGAGAGCACAGCUUGUAAAAAGGUGUGGUAUUGUGUAAAAAUCUUGCUUACACUUUUAUCCUCACAGAUGCGUCAAAGCAGUUUUUUUUUCUACAUAUGCAUACAUUUUCUUUUUAUCUGUGUCUCUUGUUUGUCUUGACAUCUCAAGCUGAACUGAGCUUUUCAUUUCCAGCCUGUUUGUUGUGUAUAUACAUAUAUUUAUCUAUAAGUUGUAUUUGUUGGUAAUUUCUAAAAAUGUGCUUUUAUUUUUUUUAUUAUGACUAUGUUGAAAUAUUUUUCUUCUUGGUAGUGAGCUUGCAGGUACAAACUGUAAUAUUAAAUUUGUCUUCAGAAGCCUUUUUGGUUAGCUAUAUAUCCUGUUAACAUAGUGACUAUGUGUAUCGGAACACCUUAUAUGUAAUAACCUUUCAAUGAAGAUUAUUUAUGAACGUUACGGACUUAUAAACCUAUUAUGGCCAACAGCAUAUACUGAGAUGGCGUGGCAUCCGUUAUUGGUACCUUGAUGGUACACUAUAUUUUUAAAUUAAAAAUGUGUGGCACAAUGUUUGCAGAACUGUGUUUUGGCUGGUUGGUAUGUACAUAAUUAGAGGGAAAACGAGUGCAAACAUUGACAACACAAGUAGACAGGUGGGCAUGGACUAGCAUUCAGUAACUAAGCAAGUUGAAAAAGGGCUUUGAGAGAUUUUUGCACUCAUUUAUCCUCUAAACAAUAAUGUUGCAAAUCCAGUGCUCUUGGAAUGCCCCUGUAUGUCUUGUAUACCUUUCUCUAUGAAAUUUUAAAAUGUAAGCUCAUAAAGUGCAACAUCUUUAUUAUA